GAGAGUCUAGAGUUCCCGCGCAUGCGCCGUGGUUGCAUUCGUCGCUAUGGGGCAGUUCACUGCCGGGCUGGUGCCGCAGGUGGCUGCUUUGUCUUUGUUGCUCUUUUGUUGGGAGGCGAAAUCCACAGAUACCAGGUGGAAAAAAUACUUGGGCCAGAUUGACAGAGCUGUGGAGAACUACAGGCCAUGUGUGACGGAAAAUUGUCGCUGCUAUCAAAAAGUGAGGGAACAGGAUUUGGCUCCCUUUCAAGAGGGAAUCUCUGAGGAGUUUCUGUCAGAAGCAAUCAGCCGACGACUCGGGACUCACUACCAGAUCAUUGCGAAGAAGUUGUACCGCGAGCAUGACUGCAUGUUCCCUGCCAGAUGCAGUGGGGUUGAACACUUCAUCCUGGAGAUCAUUGAUGAACUUCCCGAUAUGGAGAUGGUAAUCAAUGUGCGAGACUACCCCCAGGUGCCUAAGUUCAUGAAGCCAAGGGUGCCCGUGUUCUCCUUCAGUAAGACAUCAGAAUACUAUGACAUUAUGUAUCCUGCUUGGACAUUUUGGGAAGGAGGCCCAGCUGUUUGGCCCAUUUACCCAACCGGCCUGGGACGCUGGGACCUAAUGAGACAAGAUCUCAAAAGCUCUUCAGAAAAAUGGCCCUGGAGGGCGAAGAUUUCUAAAGCCUUUUUCCGAGGGUCCAGGACAAGUGCCGAGCGGGAUCCCCUCAUCCUUCUUUCGAGAGAAAACCCAGAACUAGUUGAUGCCGAAUACACUAAAAACCAAGCCUGGAAGUCUGAAAAAGAUACCCUUGGGGAACCUCCUGCUAAGGAAAUUUCACUAAUAGACCAUUGUAAAUACAAAUACCUUUUCAACUUCCGAGGUGUAGCAGCCAGUUUCCGCUUCAAGCAUCUCUUCCUGUGUGGCUCACUGGUAUUUCAUGUUGGAGAAGACUGGCAGGAAUUCUUCUACUCCCAACUAAAACCUUGGGUUCACUACAUCCCAGUCAAAUCUGAUCUCUCUGAUGUGAGGGAGCUGUUGGAGUUUGUGAAAGAAAAUGAUGAUGUGGCUGAAGAAAUUUCAGAACGGGGUCGCCAGUUUAUCAUGGACCACUUGCGAAUGGAGGACAUCUCUUGCUACUGGCAGAAACUUUUGACUGAUUACUCCAAAGCUCUGACUUACAAAGUCAAACGGAAGAAGCACUACAAUGAGAUUUCUCCUAAACGCUUGAAAACAGAAUUAUAAAGAACAGAUUUCCAUUUUCCAGUUCAAGUCUAGAACUUGAGGAUGUGGCGAAAUACAAAGAACAACACUGUUAUUUUUCAUGGUGGAGUCAGUAUUUCAUGUUGCCAGACUACAACAUGGAAGUGGGAAGAAUAUUAUAAUUAUCUUUA